GAUAAUGCAUCUGUGCCAAAUCAGUUAAAUGUCGAUCAAUGGGUUAUGGUACGAGAUCGCCAUCGUUUAAAUCGACUGAAAAAAGGAAAAGAUGCUCAUCCUGAAAAAUUCCAAGAACUGUUUGAGAAAUCAAACCAUCAAGUCAAAAAAAGAUUAGCCAGUCUACCGACAAUCAAACUCAAUCAGGAUCUACCGGUUACCCAGUAUGCAGAUAAACUGAUUGAAGCGAUUCAAAAGCAUCAGAUUAUUAUUGUUGCAGGGGAAACGGGUUCUGGUAAAACCACGCAAUUGCCACAGAUCGCAAUGCUUGCAGGUCGUGGCUUAACUGGGAUGAUUGGUCAUACUCAGCCUCGUCGUCUGGCAGCACGAAGUGUAUCGCAACGUAUUGCUGAAGAAGUUGGUGAAAAGCUGGGUGAAAGCAUCAGUUUUAAAGUGCGUUUUAAUGAACAAGGAUCAAAUGAUUCAAUCGUUCGGUUAAUGACGGACGGUAUCCUUCUUGCUGAACUUUCUAAUGAUCGUUAUUUAAAUAAAUAUGACACGAUUAUUAUUGAUGAAGCGCAUGAGCGUUCAUUAAACAUUGAUUUCAUCAUGGGUUACCUGAAGCAACUGGUAAAAAAACGGCCUGAUUUAAAAAUCAUUAUUACUUCAGCAACAUUAGAUGUGAAUCGCUUUAGCGAAUAUUUUAAUGGCGCACCGAUUUUUGAAGUGGAAGGACGUAGCUUUCCAGUAGAGCUGCGUUAUCGUCCGAUUUCUGAGAUGACGAUCGGCGGCAGUGAUGAUGAUGACUUUGACGAUUUUGAAGAAAAUUUACCACGUGCAGUGGUACAAGCUGUAGAAGAAUGUUUUAAGGAUGCUGAAUCUAAGGGGCAUCCUGAACAUGCGGAUAUUCUUAUUUUUUCAAGCACUGAACAAGAAAUUCGAGAACUACAAGAGACCUUACAAAAAUUUGGUCCUAAACACACGCAAAUUUUACCUUUAUAUGCACGUUUAGCUUUAGCCGAACAGCAGAAAAUCUUUAAUCCCUCUGGUGGUGGGCGACGUAUUAUCAUCGCAACCAACGUCGCUGAAACAGCGUUGACUGUACCGAAUAUUCUGGUUUUGCGCGUAUUUCUCGCUAUAACUAUCGUUCACGGGUACAGCGUUUACCGAUUGAAGCGAUUUCUCAAGCUGCUGCAAAUCAGCGUAAAGGGCGAUGUGGUCGUAUUGCACCAGGUGUUUGCAUUCGCUUAUACAGUGAAGAUGAUUUUCAAAGUCGUCCAGAUUUUACUGAACCCGAAAUUAAACGGACCAAUUUAG